GGAACGGUCAACUCCGCCUUGUCUCGUGUGUUUCUGGUAAAGAGGCUUGAUCGCGACCUGCCUAGUUCAGAAAUUGGCUGAACGCGGGUCAUUGCAGGACAGGACAUCAAGCAUUCAAAUCAGACAUUGAGGACAUCUUGUAACCAUGGAAGACACUGGGAAGACUAACGCAAGAAGUGCUGACUCAUCUGAGGUUGCUAAUGGAGACCAGCAGAGCGUGGUGUCCCGAGUGGGAAGCCUUCCCCUGGUCAGCUCGGCGUGUGGGGUGGUCUCCACCGCCUACACCACCACCAGGGACAGCGUGCCGCUGCUGAAGGGUGUGAUGGACGUGGCUGAGAGCGGGGUCAGGACCCUGGGGGCCGCCGCCACCACGGGGUCCAAGCCCAUCCUGGAUCGUCUGGAGCCUCAGAUUGCGGCGGUAAACGAGUAUGCCAUGAAGGGGCUGGACAAGAUGGAGCAGAAUCUCCCGAUCCUGCAGCAGCCUGCUGACAAGCUGGUUUCAGACACGGUGGGUAUGAUGUACCAGUCUGUGUUCGGGGCCAAGGAUGCCAUGGUGGGGGCGAUGAUGGGGGGCGUGGAGAUGACCCGCGCGGUGGUCAGUGGAGGCUUCAGCACCGUGAUGGGAACACGGGUGGGCCAGAUGGUCAGCAGUGGUGUGGGCCUGGUCCUGACCCGGUCUGAGGACUGGGUUGAACACAACCUGCCACUCAGCGAGAAGGAGCUGGCUGAGCUAGCAGAGCCUGGUCCUAGUGUGAAAGAGACCCCGGCUGUGAAAGACACUCCGGCUGUGGGCUCCAGCUACUUCGUCCGCCUGGGGAAGCUGUCUGCCAAGGUGCAGGAGCGAGCCCUGCAGCUGUCCCUGCAGCGUGCGCAGCAUGCCCGGGACUCCUCCUAUGCCGCCGUGGGCCAGAUCAGCAGCACCCUGGACCUGCUGGAGAGGGCUCGCUCGGCCAGCAACCAGCUAGGGGGCGCCCCUGAGCAGCUGCUCCAGCGCUGGAGGGACUGGAACGAGGGCCACCCUGGGGAGGCGGUGGCCAUGGCGGAGGUGGACGCAGGACCCAAGGGCGAGACCGAGCUGGAAGGGAGGACCUUGUCCAUGGUGCGGGGCAUGAGCGACCAGCUCCGCACCGCUUGCUUAGGCGUGGUCUCCAGUGCCCAGGGUCUUCCAGGGGUGGUCCAGGACCAGCUGGCCAACGCUCGCCAGGCAGCCGAAGACCUGCAAUCAUCCCUGGGCAAGACCAGCUCCCUCACCCCUGUCCUCCUGGAGCAGAGCCGAAAACAUCUUAAACAGGUCGGUCUGAGGCUGGAUCCUAGGCUGCUGACCAAUCAGGUGCGACACUCGCUGGAUGGCGUCAUGGAGUACCUCCUGAACAACACUCCUCUGAACUGGCUGGUGGGGCCUUUUGCCCCUCAGGUCACAGAGAAGGGCGAGGGGGCGCAGUAGAACCAGGAAGGGAGAGCGAAGAUUCGAUCCGAUUGGUUCUGCCUUGAAACAACCCUCGGGCAUCUGUGAAGAUCAGAUGUUGUUUUUAUAAAGCAUAAGUUAGCGAUAUGGUGCAGUUGUAAAGCAAAAAUUGUCCUUCUGAUGGGAUGUUUAGAGUUGUGGCCCCUCUAACACCUGGGGGUUGGUUUAUUGGGGAGAAUUUGAGCACUGAUUGGCUGAUACCGUGCUUUGACCUCGCUUUAUAAUGAGGCCUUAAUGAGUGUGGCUUUUACGGUGUGUGUGUGUGCACAUCACUCCCUACCACCUAGUUAAUGAUACACGCUGUGUAGAAAGUCUGCACUUGGAUCUUUGCACUUAAGUCCCGCACUGCACUAGAAAAUCCACACUAAGCUGUAAUAUCAUGUGAUCUGUGUGAAAAUCUGAUCAGAGAUUUCCGACUACUGAAAAUGGCAGCUAUUCAUGUUAGUUGUUGUUUGUUGUGGAAGGGAAGGUUGCUGUUGCUAAGACGCAGAAAAACAUGACUUGUGAGCGAGUAAUAAACUUGUGAACCUGUGUAACAUUAGGCUUAGUGCAUAUCUGGGAGUCAGCAUGUUGUUGAUGAUGUGAAGAGGCUCUCUGGUUUAACUGCUUUGCAAUUCACACAACUCCUGCCUGAUCACAUAUCUAAUAUAUCAACUAUAUACUGGAAUGCACCAUUUAAAUCCAUAUGUUUACAUGGUCCCCUCAGUAACAAUGAAAAUAUAAGCUUUAGUGAAAUUGACAAGAUUUGUCUGUCUAAUGCUCCACCACUUCAUAGUGCCUUAGCAUUGUCAAAUCUGACCUGCUGUUCUACAUAAUGCAAUGAAAUAAUGUGUUUUUUGUUU